CCGCCGGGGGAGGCGGUGAGCCGGGGCCCGGCCGCCGCCUGAGCGCGAGCGGCCCCGCGGGAGGAGGCGGCCGCGCCGCACCGGUUGCAGGCGCCGUCGGGCCGGCGAGCUCCUGUGUCACCUAAAGGGCAGCUAUGGAUCUCGAGGCGGAGGUAAAGAAGCAGGUGAACCCUUUCUACUGCAAUAUUUGCAAAAUCUGGUGUGCUUCCGCAUUAAACUUGCAGACUCACUUCCUUGGAUUCAAGCACAAGAAGGUUGAAGAAGCCCUGAAGGCUCAUGGCAUUGUUAAAACUGCAAGUGGUACAGGGGACCGAGUGAAAGCACCUCUGAAACUUCCUGGUUACGUGCAAGCUAAGCCAGAAAGGUAUCAUGGACAGACCUUGGAAGAACAGCUUAAUACAUGUAAAGAUUCAGAACCUGCACUUGGACUUAAUUAUAUAAUUGAAUAUCGAUCAAAAGAUAAUUUUCCUUUUCUCUAUGAGUGUCAACUGUGCCACUGUAAAACAGGACUGAGCAACAUGUUCAUGCAUGUUUGUGGCUCCAAGCACAGACUGGCGUACCUGAAACAACACUAUCCUGAGAUAGCAGAAUCUGAUGAAGUUAAGGGUAAAGGCUCUGAACUGAACAGAAAAGUUAGGCAAGUUGCAUUAACAAUUGAGAAGAAGGAAGGAAGAAAACAAUUAAAGGUUGUUAUAGAAGCUCCAGUAAUCAGGAAAAGAUGUCAAGAAUAUCCUAAUGCAGAUGAUAGCCCAUCAAAAGCUAAAGUUCAGCAUGUGGAUACAUCACUUAGUAAUGAAGAAGGAAUGGACUGUAAAAAUAAGGAUGGAAAAUUGCCAGAUCCGAUUCAAGAAGAAAAGAAUGCUCAAGAGGAGCAAGAACACUGUCAGAAAGAACAGGCAAUACCAGAUGAGAAGGCUGGAACUAACACGGCUGUUGAAAGCACUAAAGGCAACCUCACCGAAGAAGGCAGCAGUUCUGAAAAAUGUGAGACCAAUAUACAACUGCAAGAAGAAAACGAGGAAGUUGAGCAAGCAUCUGCAGCAGCUGCUGAAGAAUUCACUAGUCAGGAAGAACUGCUGAGUUACCUGCAAAGUUUUGAGAUACUGAAUGAAGAUGAUGCUGCUUUUAUCCUAAAAGUCACACAGACUCUCACAGAUGCAUUGGUGGAAUAUCGUCAGCAAGCUGCAUCAAAAAAAGACCUCUUAGAUAAUGAAUGUAAUGGAGAAGAAGCAUUGGAACGUUCUACAGAACAAUCUGAGCUGACUUCGGCAGAUAUUAGUGAUUCUGAUACUGACAAUUCAAGCAGCCGAUCGGCUAAAAAGUCCUUAUCAAUAAAUGAGGAAGAUGAACUGCAAAACUUUUCAACUGGCUCUUUGGACACAGCAUAUGAGAACAACGUCACCGCUGAAUUUUUGAACAGUGUGAGAAAUAUGAAUGUUGAGGAAGUUACUGCUACUCUACACAAAAUAGCAGCUACAAAUCCAGCUUUCAGAGGAAUGGAUAUUCCAAAUGUUGUGAAGAUCCUGACUGAAAGUGGGACUCUGAGAAGACCAAGCAAUGGCAGCACACACUGACAUGGUAGUUAGCAGAGUUAAUAUUGCACUGUUUACUUUCUGAUCCCAUUGGCCUCCUUGACCACAAGGACAUACUGCUUGGCUCAUGGCCAGCUUGCUGUCCACCAGGACACCCAGCUCCUCUGUAGUGCUCCUCUCCACUGCUCUCCCCCGUCUGCCCAUCUACAUCAUAGAAAGGUACCAGAUUGGUCAAGCAUGAAUCUGUGUUGACUACUAAUAACCUUCUCUUCCACUACAGCAGUCAGCAGUACAAAUGCAUCCUACAGCAAACAGUCAAAUUAUCCCCUGUGGCUGCAAGGCCAUACUGAAAGGCUAUUGAAAUUAGGGGUAUCCUCCCAUGUAAAGAUUAUGAAUUGGUCUCCUGUUUUUCGAUAAAGAUUAAAAACUACAACAAAACAGUGCUGUCAGUUCAAUUCCGAGUUAGGUGCAUGGAUUAUAGGUAACUUUUGGAGAGGAGUUAACUGGAAGUGUUAGCAAACUCAGCAGAGGUUGACUUGUUUGCAAAUUCACAGAUAUAUUUCAAGAGAUGUAACCAGACUAUACUUACGAAAUGCUGACUUGGUAGUGAAAGAAUCUUUUGUCUUCUCUUAUUUUACCACUGUAAGCAUGAAGUGAAAGCUGGCUUAUACUGUCUUUCAAUUCAUGUUCUUUUAAAGUGAGGGGUUUUUUUUGCUUUUUUUUUUUUUAACCUAUAGUUAUAGUUUUUUUUUUUACUGUAUAUAGACAGAGAUUCUGUAUGUUAGCUGCUAUUAAUUUUGUAGGAUGAUAGAAAAAUGUUUUGGAUGGUUACAGACUUAUGUAUGGGGGAAAGAAUUUAAAAAAAUUAAAUUGUGUGGGUCAGUUUUGCUUCCUGAGUAGCAUUCAUUGCUUCUAAUUAAAAUUCUUCAGCAUUGCAGUCAAAAGCUGGCCUGAUACAGGCAUGGUGGAGCCAGAUUGCAAACAAACCUUUUAAUGUUAACUUACUGUUUUUGGACAUCUGGAUGAAAUUGAGAGUCCUCAUCUUUGUGUUUUCACAUCUUCGCAUCCUGGAAUGCAAGAUGCUAUGAAAAAUAAGGUAACAAAGAAAGCAGCAGUUAAGGUGUAUGGUUAGUUAGGAAUGAAAACAGUUCAUUGACAGUUAAAGAAAACACAAAACAAUUACUGCUUUAAAGUAAUAAUGAAAAAUCUCUGGAAUGCCUUUAAAUAUGUUCUCAUCAGAAACAGGUGGAAAUGUAGCUCUUGUUUUCACUAUAAAAAGGGACAGUGUUCAUGUCUACUUGAUGAAGAUGUGCUUGAUCAGUAAAAGCAUCUUAGAAUUUACAUGGAAUACAAAUAAUUUCCUAAAGUAUCUGCAAUAAUAGCAGCUUCAUGAUUUUGUUUUCAUAGUGUAAAACGUUCUAUUAAUUAAAAUAAUAGAUAAGAGAUAUUGUAAAUGGCCAUCUUUGGAACAGCUUCUUUUUUCACUUGCUGUGAAAUCCUUCCUACUGGAAAUAAAAUUAAGGGGAAAUUCCUUGGAUUUAAGCAUUUCUUUUUCCUCAGGUCCAUUAAGCACAUGCUGAAAAUGGAAAGACUUCUGAAUCCGUAGCACACUGAUAUAGAAUGGUUUGAAUGAUGUGCUGCAGAGUGCCAGUACUUCUCAAAGACAAAAUAGCAAAUGUAAAAAUGACUAAGUGUAUUCUUCUGGAAAUGUUUUUGGAAAGAAUGUCUAACCUAGCACAUUCAGUUGUACAAUUAAUCUCCCUUUAAAGCUUUCUUUUCUGGUGCAAAUACAGGCUCUAAAAGAGCUAGAUUAUUUUGUUUGUUCUGUCUGCCUAUGUUUUGUGAUGGCUUGGUAUGUUCUCACACUAACAGAAAACUGUAUACCUACUCCAAAAAUAGAACUGUAUACCUAUUCCAGAACCUAUUUUUAAGGAUAACAUCUAACUUGUGCCAGAAUUGUGUGGUUUAAAAGAGAAGGAAAAAAAAAGGCACUGUAUCAAUGAUACUUAAGGAAUGUUACUGACUGUAUAUGAUGUUAUACAUUGAUUGUUACAAUACCGCUGAGACACAAGAAAAAUUACACCAAGUGGGAACUGAUUUUUCUUUCAGCUUUAUGCUAGUUCACCAUAUUGUACUGAGGCAUCAGAGAGCUUUGGGGAAAUUGUCUUUAACAAAAUUGAAGAACAUCUCUUAGAAGGUAUAAACUGGAAAAGAGAAUGAUAUUCACAGGUGAACUGACAGGAAAUGGAAAAUUUUGACUGUGCAACAGAAGGCUUAGUAGGUAUAGGUUAUAAUGAGCUCUGUUAUAGUUCUGGAAACGUUCUGCUCUUAUAGAAUAGAAUCAUUUAAGGUUGGAAAAGAAGUCCAACCACCAACCCAUCCCCACCCUGCCCACUAAACCAUGACACUCAGUGCCACAUGUAGACCUCUCUUGAACACCUCCAGGAAUGGUGACUUCGCCACCUCCGUGGGCAACCUGUUCUGAUGCAUUACCACUCUUUCUGAGAAUAAAUGUUGCCUAAUAUCCAACCUCAACCUACCCUGGCACAAUUUAAAGCCAAUGUCUCAUUCUAUUGCUAGUUUCCUCUUGUUUUUCUUCCUGUUUUUUCUAGGACUGUCUUUCUCAGUAAUGAAUUGGUUAUCCCUUUUGAAGCAGCAGGCCAUCUUGUGAAUUUGAUCUAGGUAUCAAUGUACAUAAUGCAUACAGUAUGUCUGAGGGUAUGGUACUAUAUGUGAAACCUGAAAUGCUAAUAGUGACUGCCUUGCCUUCACUGAAAUUACUCUUCUAAGUAUUUUUCUACUUUGUAAAUGCAAAUACUGGUUUUUUUUUUUUUUUUUUUUUUUUUUUUUUUUUUUUUUUUGUGAGAGGAAAUGUUACUACCUAAGUUCAUUUUAGAAACAUAAUUAAAAAUAUUCUCAUGGAGCACAA